CAACAUUAAAGCCUUCAAAGUUCAAACCUCAAAUGCUAAGCAAUGUUAGGUGAAAGAAAGCAACCUUAAGUACCAUCAAAACCUUCCUUUUACAGCGAAGCCUCAAGUGGCUUAUUGCAGUUCUCCUCUGUUGUUGCUCUGGUUGUGAAUUGCCAAAUGAAGAAAACUAUUGCUACCCAUUGAAGAGGAGGGACUCAAAGCACUGUUGCUUCUACUUUUGUGUUUUUGGAUACAAUGCAGUUGCAGAUAUCACCAAGUUUAAGGCAUGUCACAAUACUUUCAGGAAAAGGGUUGAAGGAAUUUAUCAAAGUGAGGGUUGCAUCAAGGAGGCUUUCUUAUUGGAUGCUCUUUUAUUCACUCCUGUUCUUCACUUUUCUUCUUCGGUUUGUAUUUGUUUUGACAGCAGUGGAUAGCAUAGAUGGUGAAAACAAGUGCUCUACCAUAGGUUGCCUUGGAAUGAAACUGACGCCAAAGGUUUUGGGAAGAAGUCUUGAAUCAACUGUCCCAGAAGUUAUAUACGGAAUAUUAGAUCAACCCCUUAGCAAAGAUGGACUGGAGGGAAGAUAUGAUGUUCCUCAAACUUUAGAAGAGUUCGUGUCCCAAAUGAAGGAAGGUGGAUAUGAUGCCAAGACAUUUGCACGUAAACUACGAGAAAUGGUAACCCUAAUGGAACAAAGGACCAGGAUGGCAAAAGUCCAGGAAUAUUUAUACCGUCAUGUAGCAUCAAGCAGCAUGCCAAAACAGCUUCACUGUCUUGAACUGAGGCUAGCCAGUGAGCACACGAACAACGCCGCAGCGCGCCUUCAGCUACCCUCUGCAGAACUUGUCCCUGUCCUUGUUGACAAUUCCUACUUCCACUUUGUCCUUGCCUCAGACAAUGUGCUUGCCGCCUCCGUGGUUGCCAAAUCACUUGUUCACAACAGCUUGCAGCCUCAGAAAGUUGUUCUGCACAUAAUAACUGAUAGAAAGACUUAUUAUUCAAUGCAAGCUUGGUUUUCAUUGCACCCUUUAUCACCAGCUAUAAUUGAGGUCAAGGCCUUGCACCAUUUUGACUGGUUUGCAAAGGGAAGAGUGCCUGUGAUGGAGGCCAUGGAGAAAGAUCAAAAUGUGCGGUCACGGUUCAGAGGGGGUUCAUCAGCUAUUGUUGCAAAUGCUACUGAGAAGCCGACUGUUAUUGCAGCAAAGCUGCAAGCACUUAGUCCCAAGUAUAAUUCAGUGAUGAAUCACAUUAGGAUACAUAUUCCAGAGUUGUUCCCAAGUCUUUACAAGGUGGUCUUCCUAGAUGAUGACAUUGUGGUACAAACUGAUCUAUCUCCUCUGUGGAAUAUUGACAUGAAUGGGAAAGUCAAUGGAGCAGUAGAAACAUGCAGUGGAGAUGAUAAGUUUGUGAUGUCAAAGAGAUUGAAAAGCUAUUUGAACUUCUCUCACCCUCUAAUAUCAGAGAAUUUUGAUCCCAAUGAAUGUGCAUGGGCUUAUGGCAUGAACAUUUUUGACCUGGAGGCAUGGAGGAAGACCAAUAUAAGCUUUACAUACCAUUACUGGGUUGAGCAGAAUAUAAAAUCAGACCUCAGUUUGUGGCAGCUAGGGACAUUACCUCCUGGAUUAAUAGCAUUCCAUGGUUAUGUCCAUACUAUUGAUCCUUUUUGGCACAUGCUGGGAUUAGGAUAUCAGGAAAAUACAAGUUUUGCUGAUGCUGAGAGUGCUGCAGUCAUCCAUUUUAAUGGCAGGGCAAAGCCAUGGCUAGAUAUUGCUUUUUCACAACUAAGGCCACUGUGGACCAAGUAUGUUGACUUUUCGGAUAACUUCAUUAAGAGUUGUCACAUUAGAGCAUCAUAACUUGGAUCUUGAGAAAAAUGUGACCAUUUUGAUGAGUUGAGGAAAAAAAAGGUAUUUCCGAGAAGGGAAGAUGAAAUGAGAGGAUUUCUAAGCAAAAGCUCAUCAAUGAUAUGGGAUGAUGCUCCCUUCUUGUUUA